AGAAGGCAAACAUCAAGAAUCAUACUUACACACACACACACAUGCUGAAGCGUUCGCUGAGAGAAACAGCAGCAACAUCAUUUCUGCUGAAACUGAGUUUGAGGGAAUAACUCCCACACGCUCAACAUCUGUCUGAACAUCAGUGAUCAGAAGCUGCUACAGCAAACCAUGCUGCUGUCUCCAACUCAGCAAACCCUGAGAAUAUGCAAUGCUUAACGGUGACCAUUCUACGAGGAAAGGACGGCUUCGGCUUCACCAUCUGCUCUGACUCGCCUGUUCGUAUACAAGCAGUCGAUCCAGGCAAGAACUGCUCCGGUGGGCCGGCGCAUCAGGCUGGUUUGCAGCAGUCGGACACUGUUUUGCAGUUAAACGGUCAACCGGUCAAACAUUGGAAGUGUGUAGAUCUUGCACAUGCUAUCAGAAAUAGUCUCAGUGAAAUCACAGUGGUAGUUUGGCGGACGGGACCCUCUGUGAAGUCCAACUUCGAGCGACUGAUCCAUCAUCCUACUUACAAGUCCUCUUACUAUGACACUCCAGUUUCCCCGGCUAGAAGCAAGAGGGGGGACCAGCCGCCGCCGCCGCUCCCGCCUCUGCCCCCCACCAGCGCAGGGGUUUGGUGAACGGGUCCGACGGGCUGGCCGGUGGAGCGAGAGGGUCGGGAAUCCUGUGGGGAGAACGCAGGAGUGUUGUGGACGGCAAGCCCGGCACUCAGACGCUCAGAGGGACGCGUGUGAAAGCAUCAAACGGGGACGAUUACAUCAUACUGUCUCCGGUUAAUCAGGCAUUGGGCUCUGUCUAUGGAGACAACCACAGGACAACUGGCCAGAUGUUCCCCACACCUCAGACGCCUGUUCCUCCUCCUCCGGCCACUGGUUCCCAGUCAGCACCUGGACUGGCCAGCAGAACGUGCUUUCUGAGACGCUCUGGCAACAGCAAAUCCACAACACAGCAAAGUGGACAUUACCAACAGCCAACACACACCUCAAACUUUGCCAACUACCAGAACUGCACCAUUGUGAGAUCACACACGCCUCAUGCCAACUAUGGCACCUACGUUAAAGUGACGCCUAAAAUCCUCAUCUUCCCCAUCUUUGUGCAGCCUGUAGAUCUGUGUAGCCCAACAAGAACACUGGUGAUCUCUGAGGAAAUGAUCCUACAUGAGAGCAGGCACUUCUCGAUCAAGGUAACAAUCUUUAUUUACUCCGAUCUGAUGUUGGUGACCAGAGAGGAUGAAUCGGGACGAUGUAAUGUCCUGCAAAACCCACUGUACCUCAGACAGCUGCAGCUGCGGGAUGAUCACAGUGAAGAUCUGCACUUCUACUUGAUCCACAUGACAGAGCCCUAAAAUAAACCCUGGCUGUGAUAUUGAAAGAUUUCGUCAUGGGAUGGAUUAACAUGGAUUACAUAAUCCAAAAGAUCAUCAGAUCAGAAUAUGCUCCGACAUGGACUGCAGAUGUUUGAAUGGAAACUCAUUUGCCUCUGAAGGCCUGGAGAACGCUUGUGCGUGUGGUGGUGUGUGUGUGUGUGUGUGUGUCGUCUCCACCCCCUGACUCUCAGAUGCUGCGCUGAUCCCUCACUCCAGGCUGACCGAUGAGGAUCUGCAGACGGGAGGUAAGAGGCAUCGGUUGGUUUUCACGUGUUGUCCCUGGGAAAAUGUGGACUGCUGUCCGGGGCAGACUGUGUGGAGGCUGAUUUGGUUUACAGUUCAGAAAUGGGAGACAUUUCAGUGUGAAAGCUGAUCCU